GGAGACCGGGACGCGCGUGCCGGGACGCGCGCGGCGCCGCUUCCGGGGUCCCGGGGGCUGGUGUCUCUCGAGCCGGGGAGCUGGGGGCUGGCCUGGGCCUGCGCUCGGUGGGCAGAGCCCGGCUCCGGGCCCGAGGGACCCCGGCCGGGGGGCGGGAUGGCCAAGGCGCUGACUCCUAGGCGCGCCCCGGGCGACCGCCUGGCUGAGCCGGGGCUUGGCAAGCAGCUAGCUCGGAAGAAAAGCAGGAAGAGGAGAUUCUGGAAAAGCAGAGGGCGAGAUGCAAGCAAGACCCCGGGCGGCGGCCCCGGCGACGUCGUGGUGCGACCUCCGAAGGCGCCGGAGGACUUUUCCCAGAACUGGAGGGCGCUGCAGCAGCUCCUGAAACAAAAAACACAGGCCCCGGAAAAGCCUCUGGUUAUCUCUCAGACGGAUUCCAAACAGCAGCCCGGAAUUCUCCAACAGAACAGAAAAGCCACCCGAGAUAAAGCAAAGAGAAGUGAGAUGCGGACGGAAACGGCGGCCCCAGAGGCCGUGGGGGACUCUGGUCCCGGGUCGCCGCCUCCCACGAAGGUCAGCGGAGCAGAGCAUGGGGAGAAGGCAGGCAAGAAAAGGACCAAUAAUGAUAUUUCUCCAGAAGGAGGAGACAUCAAGCGCAGGAAGCCGAAAGCUAAGGAGGUGACUGUGGCCUUGACCCCAGUCCCGCCCACCGAGGAAGACAUCUGGUUUGACGACGUCGACCCAGCGGACAUAGAGGCGGCCCUGGGCCCAGAGGCGGCCCGGAUAGCCAGGAAGCAGCUGGGGCAGAGCGAUAGCAGCGUUGCGCUGGUGAAGGAACAGGCCUUCGGCGGGCUGACUAGAGCCGUAGCCAUGGACUGUGAGAUGGUGGGCGUGGGCCCCAAGGGGGAAGAGAGCAUCGCCGCCCGCGUGUCCAUCGUGAACCAGUACGGGAAGUGUGUUUAUGACAAGUGCAUCAAGCCCACCCAGCGGGUGACGGACUACAGGACGGCAGUCAGCGGGAUCCGGCCGGAGAACCUCAAGCAGGGAGAAAACCUGGAAGUCAUUCAGAAGGAAGUGGCGGACAUUCUCAAGGGCCGGAUUCUAGUUGGACACGCACUGCAUAACGACCUCAAGGUACUGUUUCUCGAUCACCCGAAGAAGAAGAUUCGGGACACGCAGAAAUACAAACCUUUCAGGAGUCAAGUGAAGAGUGGGAGGCCGUCUCUGAAGCUGCUUGCAGAGAGGAUCCUGGGGCUCCGGGUGCAGGAGGCAGAGCACUGUUCGAUUCAGGAUGCCCAGGCGGCCAUGAGACUGUACGUCCUGGUGAAGAAGGAGUGGGAGAGUUCGGCCCAGGACAGGCGCCCCCCGGCCCCGGACAGCAGCAGCGCCUCCCAUCUGCAGGCGGUGACCGCACACAGGACAGCGCGGGUCUCCGCGUAGCAGCAGAGCUGUUGAAACAUGUUCACCGUCCUGGUGGCAAGGUGUGGGGGCAGCCGAGACUGCUUCCUCCCUCUGCGAUCCAAGACCUGGCGCCCCCACGAGGGGUGGGCAGCACCGGUGGGGGUCUGUCCUGGGGACUGACAGCGAGUCGGGGCUGCCUGCCGCGUGCUAUCCCCACAGUGUGCUGGAUUCACCAGGUCCCAGGGGCCAGAGGCACCCAGCGUCCACUGGAUUGGUAGCCUCUUCCAGGGAGGAGGCCAGACCCCCGCUGUGCCUUGGGUCACAGGUCACAGAAAGAUUUUGGACUCAGGCCCGACGCAGCCAGUACAGUAAGCGCAGCUCUCACCUUAUCUCUGGGUUCAGCGCAGCCGCCCUCGGACUCGGGGAUUUUCUGAGGGUGCCAUUCCUCCCUCACACCUUGCGCCCACCCCAUAUAUACACCCGCCAGGUUUCAACUUGAGGUCAGGGUUCGCAGUGUGGCAAGUGAGGCUCAGCUCGUCGGAGCUGGGUGACUGUGAUUCCCCCCAAAGACGGGUGCCCCUCCCCAUCGGGACAGAUGUGCUGGUCCCCAGCUGUGGGGGGGUCCCAGGUAUGCCCGUCGGGACAGAUAUGCCGGUCCCCAGCUUUGGGGGGGGGUCCUAGGUGUACCCAUUGGGACAGAUGUGCCGGUCCCCAGCUGUGGGGGGUCCCAGGUGUGCCCGUCGGGACAGAUGUGCCGGUCUCCAGCUGUGGGGUGUCCCAGGUGUGAGGGUCUUUGUGAGAAGAGUUGGGAGCAGCCGGUUGCACCCGGUGCAUAAAACCCCGGCUUUUACCAAACUGGCUGACAUAGCACAAGGAAGACCCGGACCCACCGAGAGGAUGUAAUACA